GCUUUCGGGCACUCGAGAGGUGUGAAGGCGAAGGGGGGCGGGGUGCGCUUUGCCCCCAGCCACCCCCCAGAGGGAGCCCACAGCCACGUGCACUUCGACGAGAAGCUCCACGACUCGGUGGUUAUGGUCACCCAGGAGAAGGAUGGGAACUUCCUGGUCAAGGUGGGCUUCCUGAAGAUCCUGCACAAGUACGAGAUCACCUUCCUCCUGCCUCCGGUGCAGAGUCUGGGCAAGGACAUCUGCGCCGUCCCCGUUCCCAACCUGAACCUCCGAGUCAUCAGCAUCACGCCGGUAUCGGAAGGCUACAGCGUGAAGUGCGAGUACACGGCUCACAAGGAAGGAGUCCUUAAGGAGGAGAUGGUCCUCGCCAGCGAGACCAGUGACAGCACCUGCGUGAAGGUGGUGGUCCAGGCUCGGGUCAUGGAUCGUCACCACGGCACACCCAUGCUGCUGGAAGGCGUGCGGUGCAUCGGGGCCGAGCUGGAGUACGACUCAGAGCAGAGCGACUGGCACGGGUUUGACUAGCCGCGGCCAGGCCCCCUCCCCGCCCCCCCAACCCCCCGGUCCUUUUUCGUUUGGAAAUUUAAGCUUGCAUUGGGAACACAGACCCGGUGGGGACCAGCGGCAGGGCUCUGCCUGCGCGCGGCUGGUUGUCACCCAUGGAGCUUGUGCUGGGAGGUCUGGGCGCUGCGCUGGUCCCUCUGCACCCAACACACACCAGAGGCCGCUGGAAGGGGGCUUUUAAAGGCCACGGGGGCUGGGGUCAGACCUCAGACUGGCAGGGUUUUCUUUUCAGCCUUAAAACUUCGCUCUCUGGGUGCCUGCCAUGUACAUGCCUCCUGUCUAUCAGCGUCUUAUCUCGUCACACAGGGUGGGUCGUUCGUCCUCCUCUCCGGCCGUCUGUGUCACACGUGCCUGGCUUGGCGUACACGCAUGCUAGGUUUCCAUGGCUAGGUUUCCAUGGCUAGGUUUCCAUGGCUAUAUAUAUAUAUGUAAGAAAAGCAAAGCCUGUAGAGCAAAGGAGCCUCUUCUCCGGCCGACUCCAUGUCACAUGUGGCCUGCUUGGUACAUACAUGUGCCAGGUUUCUACAACUGCCAUUAUAUCUAUCUAUCUAGAUAUAGAUAUUUAUACAGCUAGCUAGCUAGCUAACUAACUGCAUGUAUAUCGAGAGAGAGAUAGAAAUAUAUAGAUCUAUAGAUAUAUCUGUAGAUCUAGAUAUAUCUAGAGAUAUCUAUCUAUCUAUAGAUAUAGAUAUAGCAAUAGAUCUAAAUAUAUCUAGAUAGACAUCUAUCUAUCAGUCAUAUUACUUCAAUCUACCACAUUACUUUUAUCUGUUUGUCUGUCUAUUGUAAUAGUUUGGUCUAUCACAUUACUGCCUUUUCUUUCUUUCUUAUUACUUCAGUCUAUCACAUUACUUUUAUCUAUCUAUCUAUCUAUCUAUCUAUCUAUUACUUUGGUCUAUCGCAUAAUUUCUAUGUAUGCAUGUAUGAAUAUAUGUACAAAUACAUCUAUCUAUCUAUCUAUCUAUCUAUCUAUCUAUCUAUCUAUCUUAUUACUUCUAUCACAUUACUUCUAUCUAUCUAUCUAUCUAUCUAUCUAUCUAUCUAUCUAUCUAUCUUAUUACUUCUGUCUAUCACAUUACUUCUAUCUAUCUAUCUAUCUAUCUAUCUAUCUAUCUAUCCCAAUACUCUCCAUCUGUUCGUGUCUGUCCAUCCAUCCAUCCAUCCAUCCAUCCCAAUACUAUCUAUCUAUUGAUAGACUUAGAUUUAUCUAUAUACCUCUGUAGAUAUGUAUAAUGGCAGCUGCAACAGUUCUGACAUAUAUAUGUAAGAAAAGCAAAGCCUCUGGUAUCAUUAGUAUUUCCUUUCUGGCUGCCGUGCCCAAGGGGUGGGCUGUGGUAGAGCAAACCCAGCGGGUGGUCCCUGUAGCUGUGCGUGUGCUCGGAUGAAUCGCUGGUGUUUGGUCGCGGCGGGCUUUCCCCCAUCUGGGUGUCUGCCGCCUCCAGGAAACACAGGAGCCAGGACUUGUUGCAAGCCAUACCGUGUCUUGACUAGGGACCGUUUAGGAGCAGUGCCUGUUCUCUCUCGUGCGCUCUUUCUGCUGCUGCUGCCAUUUCAUUUUGUUGUGUAUCAUUCUCUGUGAGCUCUCCCGCAGCCCGGCUGACGGCUCGGGGCUGCAUUCUGGUCCCGGCUGCACCCCUGCCCCCCUCGAGCUUUGGAUGAGCUGGCUCCAGACCGAGUCCCUGCUCACCGCUGCAACCGAGACCAGAAACUGUCCCGCAAGGCUACGUUCCACACCCCCAGACGCCGCCGGGCAGACCCCCUUGAAAACAGCAUGCAUCUCAGGGUGGGAUUUUGCCAGGAGGGUGAAGCCUAAGGGAAUUAGGCACUUGGUACCAGCGGGAGUCGGGUACCUGAUACCCUAGGAAUAAUGGGUGUAAACUAGUUGAGGGUGGAUUUAGGUUAGAUAUUAGGAAGAAAUUUGUCGUAGUAAGGGUGGCCAGGAUCUGGAAUGGGUUACCAAGAGAGGUGUGCUAUCACCUAGCUUGGAGGUCUUCAAGAGGAGGCUAGAUAGUCACCUGGCUGGGGUCAUCCGACCUCGGUCCCCUUUCCUACCAGGACAGGGGGUCGGACACGAUGACCCAUUGUGGUCCCUUCCAACUCUACAAUCGAUGAAUCUAUGACUCCUCUAAAAAUCCCAACCUGACUUUUCUUUUUCUUAAAUGUCGUCUUGUGUUUUUGUGUUGUUUUUUUUACUGGGUUUUUUGGUUGUUGUUUGGGGUUUUUUUUUAAAGACACAUGGUACCAGGACCAGAGAAGCAGUUUGGUUUGGAAAGCAACAGGAAGAUUUAUGUGCCUCUAUAUAAGUGCGUGUGCGUAUGUGUGGGGUUUCUUUAAAAAAAAAAAAAAAAGACAAAAAAUAAAAAUCUAUAAAGCAGAAGAAUAAACUUGGGUCAAAACA